GAUAUUCGAUUCAACAAAUCGAUAAGCUGACACAGAUAGAUGACCUCUGUCUCGAUUUAAUCAUUUUACUUGAAAUCUGUCAGUUAUUUUGCACUAUUAUAACUUUUGUAACUUAAGUUGAACAAUAUGUCUGCAAGAAUUUUCCUUAGAACGCUUAAUCAUAUCAGCUCACGACAAUUUAAGGUUUCGAGAGCAUCAUUUCAACCUCUCCGAAACUAUACACAUUAUCCUAUAGAUGAUGACAUCUUUGGCUUAACUGAAGAACAAAAACAACUUAGGAGGACUGUUUUCGAAUUCGCUCAAGCGGAAUUGGCUCCUCAUGCUGAUAAAAUUGAUAAAGAAAAUAAGUGGGACGAUUUGAGAAACUUUUGGUUGAAAUUGGGAAAUCUGGGCCUUUUAGGAAUAACUGCUCCAGCUAAAUAUGGGGGUUCUGAAGGAGGUUAUUUGGACCAUCUGAUAUGUAUGGAAGAAAUAUCUCGUGCUGCUGGAGGAAUAGCAUUAAGUUAUGGUGCUCAUUCCAAUUUGUGUGUAAAUCAAAUUGUUCGAAACGGUAGUGAAGAACAGAAAGAAAAAUAUUUGCCUAAAUUAAUAACAGGAGAACACUUCGGUGCUCUUGCAAUGUCAGAAACAACAGCUGGUUCCGAUGUAGUCUCAAUGAAGUGCAAAGCCGAAAAGAAGGGAGACUAUUACAUUCUAAAUGGUUCAAAAUUUUGGAUAACCAACUUCUGCGAUGCAGAUACUCUAGUAGUAUACGCUAAAACCGAUAUGAAUUCAGCAAAGCCGCAACACGGUGUAACUGCAUUUUUAAUUGAAAAAGGUAUGGAAGGUUUUAGCACAGGUGUACCGUUAGAUAAACUUGGUAUAAGAGGAUCGAAUACCGGGGAAUUAAUAUUUGAGGAUUGCAAAGUACCAGUGAAGAAUGUUCUUGGCAAAGAGGGUAGAGGAAUAUACGUGCUCUUUAGCGGCUUGGAUAUUGAAAGGGUUCUUGCAAGUGCCGAGAAAAAUAUAUUGGGUAAAACUAACCGUGGAAUUUACGUUCUAUUUAGUGGUCUUGAUAUAGAAAGAUUAGUAUUAUCAGGAGGACCGCUUGGAUUAAUGCAAGCUGCGUGCGAUAUUGCAUUUAAAUAUGCUCAUGAUCGAGAACAAUUUGGCGUUAAAAUUGGUACGUUCCAAAUGCUGCAGGCUAAAAUGGCGGAAAUGUAUGUUAAAUUAAACACCACUAGGUCGUAUGUCUAUACCAUUGCUCGAAGUUUGGACAAAGGUCUAAUACUACCAAAGGACUGUGCUGCAUCCAUCCUGUAUGCUGCAGAAGAAGCAACCAAAUGCGCACUUGACGCCAUCCAAAUUCUAGGUGGUAACGGCUAUAUCAACGAUUACGCUACUGGCAGAAUCUUGAGAGAUUGUAAACUUUAUGAAAUUGGAGCAGGAACAACGGAAGUUAGAAAACUUGUUAUAGGAAGAGCCUUAAAUUCGGAAUACACUAAAUAA